CUGCUUCUGUCAAAUCCAGCGUGCUUUCUUUUGGCAUCUCUCACAGAUCUCGCAAGCUGCACUGACAGAAAGCAGUGGGAGAUCGUUUCUUGCCCAAGUCUUUAUAUUCAGACUAUAGCUGCUUCCUCUUUCCUACUCACAUUUUCCCAUAUGGUGACUUUGGAAAAUUCCUCCCUGAUUUCGCUGGGAAGUGCAGAAAACUCGUUGGUAGGGGGUUGCCUGUUACUCUCUCUGCUUCUGCUGCUCACAUCUGAAACGGAUCUGGCUUGGAAAGGGGAGACUUGCUCUGAGCUCAGCGCGUGUAACUGACAUGGCAUGAGCCGAGGGAGCCUGUGGGAGCACGGGAAAUGCUCUUCUCCAUUCAUCUGAUCUCUGACAGCAGAGGGGCGAUGCCAGCCGGAGGCCGGGAGCUGCUGGUGCUGGGGCUGCUGGCGCUGGGCUGUGCCGCCGCCAACGACUUCCCCGAGGGUGUUGUGGGGCGAAGGCGCCCUCCAGGCCCGGCCCACGGCUGCCCCCGCGACUGCGGCUGCACCCAGGAGGGCGUCGUGGACUGCGGUGGCAUCGACCUGAAGGAGUUCCCGCUGCUGCUGCCGGAGCUGACCAACCACCUCUCGCUGCAGAACAACCAGAUAGAAGAAAUCUUUCCAGAAGAGCUUGCUCGUCUUCACAGACUGGAAACUCUAAAUUUGCAAAACAACAGGCUGACUUCAAAAGGGCUGCCAGAGGAAGCAUUUGAGCACCUGGAGAACCUGAAUUACCUAUACUUGGCAAACAAUAAGCUAACAGUGGCUCCAAAAUUCCUACCAAAUACCUUGAUCAGUGCAGAUUUUGCAGCCAAUUAUCUCACUAAGAUAUAUGGGCUCACAUUUGGACAGAAACCAAACUUGAGGUCUGUUUACCUUCAUAACAACAAACUUUCAGAUGCUGGCUUACCUGAUAAUAUGUUCAAUGGCUCUAACAACGUGGAGAUACUCAUCAUGUCCAGCAAUUUCCUGAAAUAUGUUCCGAAGAAUCUCCCUCCAGCAUUAUACAAAUUACAUUUAAAGAACAACAAGCUAGAGAAGAUUCCCAAAGGAGCCUUCAGUGAACUUACAGGCCUGCGGGAGCUGUACUUACAGAAUAACUACCUGACUAAUGAAGGAAUGGACAACGAAACUUUCUGGAAACUCUCUAGUCUUGAAUAUCUGGAUUUGUCCAGCAAUAACCUCUCACAAAUCCCAAGUGGUUUGCCUCGAAACAUCGUCCUCCUUCACCUGGAGAAGAAUGCAAUUAAGGUGAUUGGUAGAGAUGUCCUGACCCAAAUUAAGAACCUUGAGUACCUCCUGCUCCAUAAUAACAAAUUAAAAGCCCGAGGAAUUCACCCGUCAGCCUUCCAGGGCUUGAAGAAACUGCACACUGUCCAUCUGUACAACAACCUCCUGGAAAGGAUUCCCAGUGGGCUGCCUCGACGAGUGAAAACACUCAUGAUCCUGCAUAACCAGAUUUCUGAGAUUAACAGGAAUGACUUUGCUACCACUUACUUCCUUGAAGAGCUGAACCUGAGCUACAAUAAGCUCAAGAGUCCCCAGAUCCAUCGGGAGGCCUUCCGUAAACUGAGGCAACUGAAGUCCCUGGAUCUUUCUGGAAACAACCUCAACACGGUGCCCUAUGGCUUUCCAAAGAACUUGCAGGUUCUGAAGCUGAAGGAAAAUGAGAUAAGUGACAUCCCCAAAGGGACUCUGUCUGGGAUGACAAAACUGCGGGAAUUAUAUUUGAGCAACAAUAAACUGAAAGUAAACUCCAUUUAUUCAAGAGCGUGGAGGGAGCUCAGCAGUCUCCAGUCACUAGACAUGGCUGGCAACCAGCUGACUUCGAUCCCCUCAGGCCUGCCAGAAUCUCUAGAGUAUCUGUAUCUUCAGAACAACAAGAUCACAGUUGUUUCAGAGGAUGUUUUUGAGUCCACACCCAAACUAAAGGGAAUUUACCUCAGGUUUAAUAAGAUUGCAGUUGGAGCACUGAAGGUAAAUAUCUUCCAAAGUCUACAGCACUUACAAGUACUGGAUAUUGAAGGGAACCUUGAAUUCAGCAACACUUCAAAGAACAAGGAUGACUCAGAAGAGGAAUUAGAAGAUGAGGAAGAUGAGGAAAACUGAGAUAAAAUGUGAACUCACACAGGCACACCAUGUGGAAGCAAAGCAUAUGGAAAAUUACAUAUAUUUCUAUGUGUAUAUAUCUAUAUAGAUAUAUAUAGAACACUUAGCAGAAUGUGCAAUGAAUUAUACAGAAACUGUCAUGGCACUGGGCCAGGCUUAUGGAAGACAGUGUGUUGCAGUGCCUUAUUCAGGGAGAGACCCUGAAUGCCUUUCCAAAGCUUCCAAAUCAUCUUAUACAAGACCCAGGAUCAUAAGGGAUUGCUUUGGAACUCACAAAAGCUGGCUUUUGUUCCUUGUUUCUCUUCCUUUACUGUUUCCAUCUGUAAUAACAAUAUGGAACUAUUUUGAACACAUGCCUUCAAAUGCUGUUUUUGUCACUGCAUUUUAAGUGAACUAUGUAUUAUGCUUCUUUUCUUUUCUUGCACCCCAAAGAAGCUGUUGUUGAUCAGACGAGAUGGAUAUUUGCAGUAGUUUCAUGUGUGGAGCAGUAUAUGAAGCAUUUGAGUCAUCAAGCAGCAGCAAUAAGUCUGGAUUAAACUGUUCAUCUGCUAGAACAAUGUGUAUAUUUGGAUGAGAAAAAAAAAAUAAGGCUGGAUCCCAUAAUAUUUUAUCUCUACUGCCACUGCCUGCAGUAUAUGCCUUUUCAGAAAGUUUUUAAGAUACAACAACUGGUCUUAUGAAUAUAUAUAAAAAACCUAUGCCUACUUUC